GCUCCCGGCUGCGCAAAAACAACCACUGAAAACUUCCUUCCCAUCACUACCAUCCAUCCUGCACAUGUCUUCCACCCUUACUGUGAUAUGCUUGUGAAUCUUUUGUCAUUUAUAGUCCAGCGAUUGUGUCACACGAGACCGGCGACGCCCCUGCCUGGUGUCAUCUAAUGGCGUUUGAUCUUUCUAUUCCUUCGUCCAGAUCGCAGGCCUGGUCCGCUCCCUCACGAUCGACAACAGCCAGACUGUCUCCAAACCCGUUUUCAACAUGGCUGCUGUUGCAUUAGAUGCAUCUUUGACCAAUGUCCUUAAUUCCUUGGAUCUGGACAAAGUGCCGGAGAAAUUGAAAUGCACGCGCUGCCACAACUUCAACCUGAAUCCAUACAAGACGUCUUGUUGCGAUGUCGGCAUCUGCGAAUCAUGCUUCACCACUACUCGCGGCUCCAGUUGUCCCAAAUGUGAACACAGACCGUUUACCGACGACAUUUGCAAGCCAAGUAAAGCCAUGCAAAAGACCAUCAAGGUUUAUCUCAAGGCGCAAGAGAAGACGAAAGUGGACGAGCGGGCCAAAUCCGACGGACAAGAUGAGGCUCUCCUCCCGCCAGAUGCAGGCAAACCCGCGGUGAAUGGCGGCAGCCAGGCAGACGGGGUUGCAGCAGGAGUGACAGAGGAGCAGCAACCAGUAGACGGGGCAGAAAGUGAGGAGACACCUGCUGUAGACGUCCAGCCGUCAAUCGAGGAACCGGACCCCGAGCAAGCCGAUAACGACGACGAUAUCGAGAUCCAGGUGGAAGCAGAGGACGAGAGUCUGCAACCACUUCCCACCCGAGUGAAGAGCACAGAAGACACUUCUCAAUCCCAAUCCGCCAAUUCGUUCGAGACGAGACCGAACUCACAAGAUGUGAACAAAAGUAACACAGAGGGUUUCAAUGGCAUGGACUUUUCAAACAUGAUGAAUGGGUUCGGCAACAUGGAUUAUAACCAGAUGAUGCAAAUGAUGACGGCGAACGGAAUGGGCUUCAAUCCAAUGAUGGGAAUGCCUAUGGGAAUGAGUCCAAUGUCAGCUGGCAUGUUUGGCGGAUUUGGCGGUCCAAACGGAGGCGGCAUGAACAUGAAUGGGAUGAAUGGCAUGAACAUGGCUAUGAACUACAAUGCCAACCAAGGAAUGUAUGGCUGGGACGGCCAGAACAACAAUAUGUGGCAGAAUAAUAAUGCAAAUGCAUUCUCGAAUGGCAUGGGCAAUGACUUCGGUUCCAACUAUGGUUUCAAUAUGGGCUCGUCUGGCAACUUUCAACAGCCCUAUGCCUCUGGUGAUUUUCAAAAUGGCUACUACGGCCGCGGCUAUGGCAGAGGCCGUGGCCGUGGCCGUGGCGGCUUUACGAGAGGCCGUGGUAACUUCAAUCAAUACUCUCAAUACCAUCAGCAGGGGUAUCAGAACUGGUCUGGCCAGAAACAAUUCGAUAACCACAAUGUGCAGUCUCACACGAUGCAGACCGACUCCACCGAAGCUGCCGCCGAUGAGGAACGCGCCGACCACAACCACGAUCUUGUUGACGAGAGUCAUGAAGAUGAUGAAUUUGCUCCUGGUGGUCAGGAAGAAGUUCAAGAGGCCCUUGGGGAAGACUACCAGAAGCCCAUCAACGUUGAGAAGACCACAACCACUGCCUCUACUCCUGAAGCUUCUGCUGCUGCAGAUGAUGACGUUGUGAAAGAGGCAAAAUCUGCACCAAAGGACGAGUCUUUGGAAGCUGAUAAAAUGAAUGUGACUGCCAGGCAGGACGACGCGGACAAGGUCCAACCGCCGGUUUCCGAGCUGGUGAAAACUGCUUCACCACCAGAAAAGCCAAUACCGGAAGCAUACAGUGAGGAUUUACAAGGUCCGAUGCCACCGCCGUCGGCGCCACUUGGGCCUUCGGCUCAAUACGGUGAUCAUGGCUUCCGCGCUCGAGGACACGGUAGAUUCUCCUCUCGCGGUCGUGGCUCGAUUUCGAUGCCAAAUGGUCAUAUUGCUCCACCAGUAAAGCCGUUCCCACAAAGCGCUUCACCUAUGGAACCAAAGGGAGUGGGCGUUGUCGGUGCACCAACGGGUCCUAGAGCGAUGCGUGAACCAGCUGGACCAGGGAGGCCACCUUCGCGACCUGCGGCAUCCGGGUUUCAAAUCAUGGGAAGAGCAUCUAUGGUUGCCUCUCAACGUUCAGAGUCUCGAGAUGUCGAGAGAAGUCGUAGUAAGACCCCUGAUAAAGACAACGACAGGCCUAGACGGCAAUCCGUACAGGACAAGUACGCCAACGCCAGAUAUGAAGGGGACGAGCAAGACGAGUCGGACUAUCGCGACUCUGACAAGCCAUCCAGGAAAUCGUCAAGACGAGGUACUCAUGAUGAUUAUGAGAGGCACGAGCGCGAAACUUCCUAUGCCGAUUCGGAUUCUGGAGAUUACAAGUCAUCUUCGCGACGCAGUCGAGGCGACAAGGAGCGAGCAUCAAAGCAGCACUCAUCCCGCUCCUCGCGGCGACACCACGACGAAGAUCUUAAUGGAGACCACGAGAUGGGCGACUACGACGAUUCGACAAGGUCAACUCGAGACGGCUACGAGGUAGAAAGUAGGAGCAAACACCGGAGUAGCAAGUCCUCUCGAUACGACGACCGAGAUCGGGAUAGGGAUCGAGACCGAGACAGAGACCGAGACAAAGAUCGUGACCGUGAUAGAGAUCGUGAGAAGGUGCGGACCAAAGACCGGGAUCGGGAGCAUCGAGACGACAAACACAGAGAUCGCGAUCGUGACCGUGACCGUGACCGCGAUCGCAAACGCUCUCGACAUGAUCGCCACCGCGAAGACGUCGACAAGCAUCAAGAGUACGACUACGACUACGACCAACAGCAGGAUGAGGCCGCGGAAGAACCCGAGUCGCGACAUCGCUCUCGGCGUCACAAGAAAGAGCAUCGUCGCGAAGCCGAGGAUCCGAACGGCAUGGAUAGCUCAAUGGUCAAUGGUCGCUCACAGUCCCAUCGCUCCAGUGGCACUGUAACGCCAGCACCAACACAGUCAAUGUCGGCUUCCGCUCAACCAGAAGAGAAAGACCCCCACACCCUCGAGCGCGAAGCAAGGAACCGUGAACGUAUGCUCAAGGAACAACAGCGGCGAGAGAAAGCGGCCAAACAAGCUUCGUCCUCAGGCGGCGGAAGCACGGGUGGGAGACGAGUCACGUACAAAUACGAGGAGGAUCUCGAAAGGGGCCUGGUUGAGGGCGAGAGGGAAAGCCAUGGGAGACGGUGGAGGUAGUACCGCCGCUGCCACGGUGUCGACUGUGCCUGGAGAAGGCUUGGAGCAUGGCAUCCUGAUGUACCGCAACUACAGCGAGGAUCAGAAUGUUGCUGCUGACGAUCCUCUCCUCUUCUUCCUCCGCCUCCACGUCCUCCUUGUUUUAUUGUCCUUGCUCUCUUUGCGCCUGGUUCGGUUCGGCUCGGUUCUCAAAAGCAAGGGUCGGGUCCGAUGUAUGUGCUACUAAGCUGGAUGGAUGGGUGGAUGGAUGGAUGGCACGUACCUACUUUUUUACUUAUUCUUCAUGCGUGUCUUUUUCGUCAGCUCCACGGUUUUCUAUCGUUCUUCCUGGUCACGAACGAGGUUGUACCGAGUACGGCUCAAGGACUCCCGCGACGCAAGCGAUGGCGUACGCGGAUGGAAUGGGAUGGGAUGGGAUGGGAUGGCCUCUAUCGAGGAGAUGGUUGCAGAUUGAAUGUUCGACAGAUAUUCGAUUUCAAGGCUCCAAUUCAAAAGUCAAGUCAAAUCAACU